AGCCCUCACAGUUGACCCAGCUUUCGUUCUGUACAUAAAUUGGGUUGUUACAUAUUUUGGAAGCUUCAACACGUCGCAAUCAAAUCUGGCCGUCUUCGUCCCCGCUCUUCGCCUUCUAUGCGCCCCGCGAGCCCAUAGAAUAUUUCCUCACAGAUCAUGGGCUAUAGGUAGUCCUUUCCUUCGACCGCUACAUACCUCGCCCAGUAUGGCUUCCGCAGACGCUACCAUGGCCGAUACACCCUCCAAAUCCAUCGACGCUACACCACGAGCGGGCCAGACCAUCAGCCACGGGGGUAGGGAAUACACCACCAUCAAAGAGGGGCUGGCGCAUAUCCUCGUUCCUCAUGGUGUACCCACGUCAACCGACCCGAAGCUGUCGAAGGAAGACACGCAGAAGCAGCAAGUCUUCUACAACCCAAUACAACAGUUCAACCGCGACCUGAGUGUAUUAGCGAUCAAAACCUAUGGGCAGGACUCGAUACAGCGGAAGCUACAAAAGCAUGAACAACAUGUAAAGAAAGGUGAGAGGAAGAAACAGAGACAACAGGAGGGGCGGGGGCCAGAGGCGGCUUCAAAUGGAACCUCAUUAGCCGAUGAACCGCCCUCAAAGAAGAGGAAGCUUGGGCAGGACGACGCUGAUGAGGGCGCAGUUCCCUCGAAGAAGCAGAAAGUCGCGGAGAAUGGGGAAGUCGAGCAAGAGGAAAACAUUGACUCGGCGCAAAAUAUCCCUACCGAUGCAAAUGGCGAACGUAUUGCCUGGCAGCCACCUUUUAGCAUUCUAGACGCCCUCUCUGCGACCGGUCUCCGGGCGCUUCGAUAUGCGCAGGAAAUCCCGUUUGCAACCGCCAUCACAGCAAACGACAUGUCGCAGAAGGCUGUGGACUCCAUCGGGCUCAAUGUGAAGCACAACAAGCUUGAAGAAAAGAUCACGCCCAAUACUGGCAACGCUAUAGCCUACAUGUACAGCUUCUGUGACAAGAAAGGGUACGAUGUAAUCGAUCUUGAUCCUUAUGGUACUGCAGCACCCUUUAUUGACUCGGCCAUCCAAGCGAUCAACGACGAUGGGUUGUUAUGCGUAACCUGUACCGACUCCGCCAUCUUCGCAUCGCACGGCUACCUAGAAAAGACGUACUCGCAGUACGGUGGCUUACCUUUCAAGGGCGAACCAUGCCAUGAAGGAGGCCUUCGCCUUAUUCUACAUGCCAUUGCCUCCUCCGCGGCUCGGUACGGCAUGGCCAUCGAGCCCUUACUAUCUCUAUCAAUUGACUACUACAUCCGUGUCUUUGUAAGAGUGCGAAAAGCCCCGACGGAUGUAAAAUUGCUCGCUGGCAAAACUAUGAUUGUCUAUCACUGCGAGAAUGGUUGCGGCGCUUGGUCAACGCAGUUCCUCGCACGGAAUAAAGUAACCAAGAACAAGAACGGCAACCCAUUUUACAAACACGGCUUCGCUCAGGGACCCUCGGCGGACCAGCAUUGCCAGCACUGUGGUUUCAAGACCCACCUGUCCGGUCCAAUGUACGGUGGCCCGUUGCACAAUGUAGGAUUUAUCGAGAGGGUGCUAGCACAGCUGAACGAAGUUGAUCGUGAAACGUAUCCGACAACAGACCGGAUACAGGGUAUGUUACAUACAGCUCUGGAGGAGAUCACAUUCGGCAGCCAGCUGGAGAAGUCGAAUGGAGCACAGAAGACCGAGGUGCUUGAUCCUUUGAUUCCAAAAGCAGACCCUGCGGAAGUCGACCAUCAUCCCUUCUUCUUCAUACCUAGCUCAGUCGCAAAGGUUGUUCACUGUUCAGCGCCUCCCCUUGCAGCACUGCGCGGCGCAUUGCGGCAUGCUGGAUUUCGAGUCACCAUGAGUCAUUGCAAGCCCGGAUCAAUCAAGACAGACGCUUCGUGGAAAGACAUCUGGCACAUUAUGCUCGAAUGGGUGCGCCAACGGGCACCACUGAAGAAUAAACCCAAGAACUUGAGCGCAGGGCAUGCCAUCAUGGCGAAAGCAAGCGCCACUGGCCAUACCAGGAGCAUAGCUACAGAAGCAGCACCCUCCGAAUUUCUGGCACAGUCCCUACCAGAUGUGCAGAGCAAUGGCGAGAACAACGUUGAACCCGAGGAACGACCUCCACAAGAUCUACCAGCCUAUCUCGACGCAAAAUAUGAGGUAAACUUCGACGAGAAGCUCGGGAAGGACCACGACAGAGGCAAAUAUGUCCGGUACCAGCUCGCGCCUAGAGAGAAUUGGGGGCCCAUGUCACGGGCGAAAUGAUUUGGAUAGUUAACAAACGAUAUUCAUCUACCUAGCAC